GUAUUGGCAGUUGUGCAGGCUUGGGCAUAUUCGUUAUGUCCGCCCACGUUGCCAGGCACGAGGCAGGGCCUACAGUCGUCCUAUCUGUCCUGGUGGCCAGUUUGGCUGCCUUACUUGCAGGAACGUGUCAUAUUGAGCUAGCUACAAGACUGCCCCGUUCGGGAACCGGAUAUGUGUUUUGUUAUGUGACCUUGGGAGAGCUCCUGGCCUUUGUGAUUGGUUGGAGUGUCAUGUUCGAGAAUGUCCUAAAUGGCGCAGUGGCGGCAAAGGCUAUUUGGCAAUAUGUAGAGUAUAUGUAUAAUUAUACUGCGGACAGCAAUUCUACUGAAAGUACGGAAACACACGAGGUUCACAUAUUCUCUUCAAGCCCGGAUUUUUUCUCUUGUUGUUUGGUUAUUGCAGUGAUCUUCUUUACUUUCAUCAAAGUAAAGAGAUACGCCGCUGUCAACUUUAUUCUGAUGUGCUUCAGUGGCCUGGUCGUUCUGGCUUUCAUCUGUGUCGGAUUUUUUCACGUGGACGCCAAAAACUGGAACUCUCCGCCGGGGUUUUUUGCUCGCGGUUUUGGAGGGAUAAUGUCCGGAGCUGCACUGCUUAUGUCAACAUUUGUCAACAUCGACAAUUUGGCCUCUUGUGCCGAAGAAACCAGAUCACCCUGCAAGUCGCUCCCAACCGCUUUCCACUUCAGCUUGUCUAUCGUCUUUACAAUACUCUUCUUUGUGACUUCCGCUUUGACGUUAGCAUCACCAUGGCAACAACUAACAGACAACGCCGCCUUAGCUAGAGCUUACGAGACCAAAGGGAUCUUCGCGGCAAAUUAUGUCAUAGGAUCUGGCGCUGUAAUAGGUUUACUUCCGGUCCUGAUUGGAUCUUUUCUACAUCCGGUUCGGGUCAUGUAUUCCAUGUCAGGAGACAGACUUCUGCCGAAGAUCUUCUCCAAAAUCGCCUACAAUGGAAUUCCAAUGUCUUCAAUAGCUACAAUCCUGCAGUUUAUAAUUAGUUCCGUGAUACUGCUUCUCAUUCGAUAUCAACCACUUCCAAUUGGCAUCUGCCGGGAGUACUCAGACCUUGAUAUUCCUUCAGCAUACGAGGAUGUUUUGGAUUGCAAAGACGUUGGCGAUUUCAAUGAAAGCCGCCCUAAGCUUGUCCUGUUGGCCAAUGGAGAUCAUAAAAUUCACAGAGACGAUGGAUCUGUAUAUGCAUCAAUACCAGACACGCCAGUGUCUUCAAAAACAAUGACCGCUGUAUCCAUGACGGACGCUGGAAUCAAGUCCUACAACUCAAGAGCAUCACUGACGUCCCUUUCUAACGUAACGCUCAGAUCACACUGCCCAUCUACCGAAGAUAUAACUGACGGAUCCUUUAAAUAUUCGUCAACGUCAACUAUGUCUUUUAUCAACCGGUUUAAGAAGCUAAAACCGCCGAUAACGGUGAAUACAUACUCUGAAAAGGACAGCUUACGUUCUGGUGCUGCUGAAUCUGCUACUGCCAAAGAAGGAGGGUAUGGUGUUUUAAAUGAUGAAUUUGCAGGAAGGGAUGUGUCUUACAAGCAGAUCGCUGACAAAUCGCAAUCAAAUCUAACAUUAAACGGUGCCAAACGGUCAAUUCACUCCAGCGUAAGCAGCAGCCUUGUAGCUUUAUCCCCUUGCGCCAUGGCAUCAGCAGAUAAUCAGACAUGGAAGCAUACGAGAUACUUCCUUCUUGUAUACAUUCUCUCCAGCACCUGUUUAACGGCCACCUGCCAAGCGUGGCUCAGCGAACCCCUUGGUGCCUGGUGGGCAGUGACUUUGCUAUGUGUCAGCAUUGUUCUGAUGUUGGUGUCUACGCUAUGCAUCGCUCGUCAGCCACAGAACAAUACACCGUUAUACUUCAAAGCUCCGUAUGUGCCGCUUGUGCCUCUCCUUGCAGUGUGUCUCAAUAUGCUUCUACUGGCUUCUCUUCCGUUAAUUAGCUGGAUUAGAUUUGCAGUUUGGAUUCUUCCAG